GCGGGCGGGCGCGGGGGGUGCUGGGCGCGGGCCGAACCCCUCCAACUCCGCCGGCGGAGUGCCCUAAUCAACUGGAUGCCGUCCUGGGCGGCGCCCGUUCAUGCGAGCCCCAGAUUUUGUGCUCUUGGAGCAAAAGGACCGCAGAGUAAAGAACUUCAAGAAAUUCAGAUAUAUGAAGUUGAUUUCCAUGGAAACCUCGUCAUCCUCUGAUGACAGUUGUGACAGCUUUGCUUCUGAUAAUUUUGCAAACACAAAACCUAAAUUCAGGUCAGAUAUCAGUGAAGAACUGGCAAAUGUUUUUUAUGAGGACUCUGAUAAUGAAUCUUUCUGCGGCUUUUCAGAAAGUGAGGUGCAAGAUGUGUUAGACCAUUGUGGAUUUUUACAGAAACCAAGGCCAGAUGUCACUAACGAACUGGCCAGUAUUUUUCAUGCCGACUCUGAUGAUGAAUCAUUUUGCGGUUUCUCAGAGAGUGAGAUACAAGAUGGAAUGAGGCUGCAGGCAGACGGCGCGGGCUGUAGGACCCGCAGUCAGCGCAGACUCUCCGGACAGCUCCGCGUGGCCAUGAAGUUUCCAACUCGAAGCACUAGGGGGGCAGCCAACAAAAGGGCAGCAGCCCCUGAACCGUCAGAGAAUUUGGUGACCGAUUCCAAUUCUGAUUCAGAAGAUGAAAAUGGCAUGAAUUUUUUGGAGAAAAGGGCUUUAAAUAUAAAGCAAAACAAAGCAAUGCUUGCAAAACUAAUGUCAGAAUUAGAAAGCUUCCCUGGUUGCUUUCCUGGAAGGCGUUCCCUGCCAGGCCCCGGUCCACGUCCAAAGACACCACGGAGGCGAACAUUCCCAGGUGUUGCGUGCAGGAGAAACCCUGAGCGGAGAGCUCGUCCUCUCACCAGGUCAAGGUCCCGGGUCCUUCGGUCCCUUGGCGCCCUACCCAUGGAGGAGGAGGAGGAAGAGGAGGAGGAGGAUAAGUACAUGUUGGUGAGAAAGAGGAAGCCCGUGGACGGCUACAUGAACGAAGAUGACGUGCCCCGAAGUCGUCGCCCCGGAUCCAUGAGCCUUCCCCACAUCAUUCGCCCAGUGGAGGAAAUCACGGAGGAAGAGUUGGAAAACAUCUGCAGCAGCUCUCGAGACAAGAUCUAUAACCGGUCACUGGGAUCGACUUGUCAUCAGUGCCGCCAAAAAACUAUUGAUACCAAGACAAACUGCAGAAACCCAGAGUGCUGGGGUGUUCGAGGCCAGUUCUGUGGUCCCUGCCUCCGGAACCGUUACGGUGAAGAAGUCCGGGAUGCUCUGCUAGACCCGAACUGGCACUGCCCACCGUGUCGCAGGAUCUGCAAUUGUAGCUUCUGUCGGCAGCGAGAUGGGCGGUGUGCGACCGGGGUGCUCGUGUACUUAGCCAAGUACCAUGGCUUUGGGAACGUCCAUGCGUACUUGAAAAGUCUAAAACAAGAGUUUGAAAUGCAAGCAUAAUAUUUGGAAGAUCUGCUAGCUGCCUUCCACUUCACAAAUCUUCCUUGUUAAAGUUUUCAAUUUUGUCAUGUGAUCAAAAUCUGAAUUAAGAAUUUUGAUGAUCAAUCUGUCUUACAGGCACAUCAGGUUAAUCUCAUUAGACAUGAGUGCAUGUCUGGGCAUCGCAGAGGUAUAGUGUGGGCUGUACUCUGCCCUCCUGCAGUUUCCCUUUGCUUCUUUCCCCACCUCUCACCCCAUGCCACCCCCCUCUUAUUUCCAGUGGUUCUCUUCCAUCAUUUAGUUUCCGAGUUCUUUUAAAUGACAAUUUUAUGAAAGCGUGUUUGAUUUAAUUGGUGUUGAAAUAGCCCUGGAAUCCACCCAUAAAACCAAGCACUUAAAAACACAGUAGUAGUGUUAACUACAUCUAUCGAAUUCCAGAGAAUAACCAUCUAACUUGCUUACAUGGAAACAGUAGGUCUGAUUUAGUGUUCCUACUAGUUGACAUUUUUAACAGAAUCAAGGCACAAAAGUCUUAAAACCAUGUGGAAACAUUAGGUGAUCAUUGGCGAGCGGAGCAUAGGACAUUGGAGGCCUCUCCUGGUAAUACUCCGUGUAUGGUUCUUAUUAUACAGGUUGUCACUGCUGAGACUUAGUUGCUGCUGAUUUGUUUCAUCAUGUGCAUCUGGUCCACAUGGUCAUGACCCAAAGGUUCGUGGGCAAUACUACACUUGAAAUCAUUGUAGAAAAGCCAUCCUGGGGAAUUGGGAUGGAGGCUUCAGGAACAGGCCGAUUUGAAUUCACAGAAUAAAACUUCAGUGUAAUUGUAGUUGCCAGGCUUAUUUCAGUUCAUAACAUAAGGUAUUUCAAAUAAAUUCUUGAUUACGUUGCAUGGAAAAUUGAUGCUUAUACUCAUCUACAAGUCUUUGUUGUUCUUGCUUUUGUGAAGAAAUUGUAAGCUAGGCACAGGGUUUGAAGCACUUUUAUAACUCUGAGAAGUGCCUUUUUGGAGAAGGGUGACUUUCAACAGCUGGCUAACGUAAUGUCUCUGCCAGUCUAGCUUAUGGGCAGAUUUCAUGUGUCAUCUCUCCCUUCCCCUGUUUUGGCAUAAAUCAAAUCGUUUGGUAGAAGUGGAAUCUAAGUGUGUGUGUAUUCAUUUUGCUUUGCAUGUGCAGCCAGUAGCUGUGCCCGUUCAGUAUUUUGGUGCAUAAUUGGACCUUGAAUCAAUAACUGUAAAUAGAGCUUUUGAUCUGUUAUGCUUUUAUACAAAGUUUUUUAUUUUAAUAAUAAAACAUUGUGUUCUA